GUCCAACUGCGAGCAGCGAUGCUGAUCCAAUGCCGGAUGAUUUCAGCCUGUUGAAUUCUUCGCUUUCGGGCCUCGAAGUGACGGCAAAAGAAUCCAACCACGAAGAAACUCCAGCCGGUUCAACUACCACGUUUUCGUCGCUUUCUGUCGAGCCUGGACGCGACCCUUGGGCAAUCUCAACAAAGACAACCAAGGGAGACUUUGUGUCUGUAUUUCUUCAUCGAUUCGCACAGAGAUCAUUACCAUCUGAUGUGAAUAUACCUGUGACUGGCUUGGAAGGCUGGCUCCAUCGCAUACGUUUGACUCUCGAGGAGCCGCACUGCGAAGAUGCCAAACGACUUUUGAAGGAAAAUCCAUCUGCUGUUUUAUUUGCUCAACAGAUGCACCUAGUUCGUGCCUGUGGAUUGUUUAUCGAGGAGAUGGCCCAAAGAGCA